AUGCAUUUUACAAGUGUCCUUGCCGUGUCGGCUACCCUCUUUGCUGUCGCCUACGCCAACGAUCCUCUCGCCUUCACGGCCUGGCCGAAGGAUAUCCAGGCCGGAAAGCCUGUCACUCUAACAUGGGCUGGCGGUGCGCCCGACCAGCCUGUCACUCUUACCCUGCGUAAAGGCACUUCCGGUAACCUGCAUGAUGUGGAGGUCAUCACCGCUCAGGCCAAGGAUGGCACCUUCACCUGGACUCCCGGUGACAAUGUUAAGAGUGGCGAGGACUAUGCUUUCCAGAUCCGCCAGGGCGGCGAGGCGAACUACUCUGCCCUUCUCAAGGCCGGUCCCGCAGAGAAGCAAGUGUCGUCCGAGUCAUCGCAGACGAAGAGCGCCAUCAACACCAACUCUGCGCAGAGCAGCGACACCACCAGCGGUAAUUCGGCCACACAGGCCAGUCCCACGACAAGCAAGCCCCUGAUCAGCUCGUCGGCCGUGGCCCCUUUUAGCAGUCCGGCCUCUUCGACUACGGUCACUAGCUCCGUGACUGCCACCGUGCCCUUCGAGACCAGCCAUAUUAUGAAUGGCAAGGAGGCCACCGCCACUGGGAGCAUGCAAAGUGGUGCUGCUUCGCCUCUGCGCUCCUACUCAGAGCUCGUCGUGGGUGCUCUGGGUCUGCUGGUUUAUCUGGUUCAGUAA